UAGUGUGUAAUGGUCGUGUGAUAGUGGCGGAAUGUGGUUCUCAUAGUAGAGUGAGGAGGAUGUUUCUCGGGAGCGUAAUCGUGGUGUGCGUGCUGUGCGGUGCAGCCGCAAUGGAGAACGGCACGAGCUGUGCGGAGGUGCGGCAAGUGUUUGUGAUGCGGGGCAUCGGAGCCGCACACUUCGUUCCAGACACAUGGACAGAAGGCAAAGACUUAAAUUUAUGUCCUUCAGCCAAAACUUGCUGUUCGAAGUCUAUGGAGACUAAAUACGAGGAAGCUGGACGAAAAGAUCUCAAAAAUCUGUUGCAAGGAGCAGAUUCUUAUUUAAAGACACUCAUUUCAACGAGUGCCACCAAGUUCAGAGACACAUUCCUCGAAAUGGUUCAAGUGGCCGAGAACAGCACCAAUGCCUUGUUUUUGGAUGUUUAUCAAUCCAUCGAAGCCCAAUCCCGAGUUCCUCUGGGUCAGCUGUUCGCUGACCUGUUGGCUUACAUGAGUGGGAAGGAGGUGGACUUGGAAGAACGCGUCAACUCCUUUUUUGACUCCUUUUUCCCUGUUGCCUAUCACCAUUCGGUGAAUUCCAAUCAAAAAGAUUUCAGCGAAACCUUUAAAGAGUGCUUGAGAGACGCCCAAGUGGAAAUCCGGCCUUUUGGAGAUUUAUCAGAAAAGAUUGCCUCGCAAAUCAGCCGUUCCUUUGAAGCAGCUAGGACGUUCCUUGAAGCUUUGCAGUUGGGGCUCGAAGUGAUCAAUACAACAGAGCAUAUGGAUUUCGGGCCAGAAUGCAGCGAGGCCUUUGUUCGACUCACGUAUUGCCCUCAGUGCCAAGGCUUUCUCCAAGCAAAACCAUGUGCCGGUUUGUGCCUCAAUGUGGUCCGAGGCUGUCUGGCCAGUGUCUCAGAAUUGGAUGACUCGUGGAGCGAAUAUGUGAGUGCAUUGGAAAGACUCACUUCCGGAAUGGUUGGCAUUUACAACAUCGAACAUGUGUUAAGUACUCUAGAUACUAAAAUAUCCGAAACGGUUUCGUACCUCAUGGCAAAUUCGGCUGAAAUUACGAAAAGGGUGAAAGAGAAAUGUGGUGUCCCCAGACGAGUUAGCCGGGAGGUUCCUCCUGCAACUGCUGGUCCUUCUACUUCCUUCCCUACCAAACCAACUUCCGAUACCAGCCUCUACAUGAUGCUGCAGAAUUUUGUCCACAAGGUGGCCGAAUCCAAAGACUUUUACGCCAAUCUAGCUGAUCGCCUCUGCAGCGAUGGACAUUUGGUCACCAAAGGUGACCUCAAUUGCUGGAAUGGAAGCGGACUAGCUGAAUAUACGAAAACGGUGGCGGGCAUUGGGGUAUCUGCGCAGAAAUACAACCCAGAGAUGAAACCGCCUAGGGUACGAGAUGUCACCGUAAGCACAUUAGCUGACAAGUUGCAGCAUGUCAAACAAAUCUUAAGUGCACGAGUAACGUCUGUGCCGCAGUCGGAUUCAUCAAUGGUUGGUGAAGGAAGUGGUAGUGGAUCCUGGUGGAGGACCAGCGAUGACGAGGACUAUGCUCAGGCUUCAGGUAGCGGAGACCAAGAGGACGAGACUGACCUUCACUUCGAAAGGACCGAAGGCAAUUCCAAGGGCACCAGCGGCUCCAUAAGAAGCCAAGUGUCUGUCGUCUUGGUCGUCAUCUGCACUCUGCUUCUUUUGAAGUUGAAAUGAAGGAAAACUGUUUUAGCAAAACUUUCACGAGACUGCAACUCGAUAAUGCGCACAUUUCUAAUAGCACCGCAAUAACUGUGUGCCAACGGUUCGUUCCUCGCUUUAUGUAGCUCUAGCGUUUUUGUUUUUUCACUCCCCUAUAAACUAAUCAAAGUGUUUGAGAACUCUUUUGAAUAAUCUAUGGCUUCAAGAUAUCGUUGGGAAUUUCUCGCUGAUUCAAGAAGUUGUUGAAAAAAUUCAAAAUGCGAGGUUAUUUCUUCAAAGAAUCUAUGCCAAUGAUUCUAUUUUCGAAUGCAGCUUUUAUACUUGAUUGUUGGCGGAACUGUUGCACUAUGCUUACCUGUUGAAAUUAUAAGGCCACGUUGUUUGUUGCGGAGAUUGCCUGAUUGCCGCGUCACAUAGAUGACUUCGCUUUCAAGGAAAAUUGACGAAAUCAUGCAAUCGAAUCUUGUAGCUGUGAAGUUUUGAAUUGCUUUCUUCUCAUUUUGGUUCUUAGGAUUCCUAAGUGUUUUUAUACUGUGGUCAGAGUAGCGAUGAUAUAUUAGAUGAGAAUUACAGUCCCAGUGCCAUUCCCUGUUUUUUUUAAUUGUAUAGGGCAUUUUUCUUGUUUUUAUAUCAUUUUUAGCCUUUUUUAUUAUAAUUUUGGAUACUGUGUGUGUUCAUGUUCUCACAGCAUUUAAGAAGAGCGCUUGUGAUCGGUUCUAAUUCUAACAGCUAUUGUGAUAAACAUUGAAUAGAGCCAAAUGAUUGUUGGCAGUGGUUGAGUCGGACCUUUCUCAUCUUCAAUCAGCGCAAAUAUACAGUUGUGUGUUAUCUUGUCGCCCUAGAUUCAAUUUUUGUAAUUACGGAUAUAAAUGCGCGAAAAGUAUCUACUCCGAGGUGAUAUGUUGUUUUGGGGGGAAGUCAACUGAAAGAAAGUAAGGUUGUGAUUCAUAUGUUUUUGUGUUGAUUUUUCCUCUGCUUUCUUCGCAGCUAUUUCUUUGUAUAAGUUAUUUUGUUCUUCCAUACCGUUUGCCUUUUUGAGCUUAUUUCACACUGAGCCCUACCAGACCGAAUGGCCAGUUGAGGUUCCGAAGCUACGAAUCUUCUCGCUUUUGAAGCCAAUAAUUAUAGCCUUAUUCUCUUUUCGAACAAAGGUUCCGUCUAGACAAUAGACAUCCACUUUCAGUGUCUUCCUCCGACCUUUGGCUGCGGUGUGAUAAAGAGCCUAUUUUUGUGAUCUCUUGUUCGUUGUCAUGUUGUCAUCGGAAGACGCACGUACAGAACCGAUUUUAUGUUUCUUCCGGACUUGCGGAGAAAAUCUGCCUCCUUUUACAUGCCUCAAAACGCAUUUGAAUUUUUAAAAUUUUACAAAAACGUUUUACAUUAUGUUGAUUGUUUGGUGAAAAUCGUGGCAGUUUUUGUCCCGAGAGGCAGGCACAACAUUGAGCAAUUUUUGAGUGAAGAUAGAACUGAAGUCAGCGAAAGAACUUAGCUUCAGCCUUCUUGAGAUUUCAUACCUCAAGAAACUAGCUGUUUUCUAGAUUGUCUUUCAAUCGGCUACUAAUUUCACCAAAUGUCUCCUAAAUUACGGAACAUUUCGAAGCAAAGAAUAUGUCCAGUCAUCAAUAAUGCUUAGGAAAUUCCAAACUCAAAUUUUCAAGGUUGAUGGAACCUAUUAUUUUACGAUGACUGAACAUGCUAUUCUAUAACGAAGCGAAUUAUUUCUGAAAAAAAAUCUCCCUGAAGAUGAUUAUUUUACAUAGGCUAAAUACGGAUUCAGGUUUUCCCCGCUAGUCAUUGGUUGAAGAACAUUCAAAGUCACCAUUUGUUGAAGGCCUGGUGAUAACGUGCAUGGAAGGAAGUAAACUUGACAGGACUAAUCCUGUCUGCAACUACCUUUUCCAUGUUAAUUGAAGCUGCAUUUUGGGACAGUGAAUGAUAAGGGUAGUAUGACUUUUCAUGCUAAAAUGUUCUAGGAAUAUUUCGAACAAAUAUUUUGAAUGUUAGGACUAGGGCUUUACUUAGUAUGUUAUGAGUGUUCUAGGAAUAAAGUUUAAAAAAAUUAUUUUUUGGUGGAUCUCGUUGGCUGCGUUCAUCUCAAUUAAGCAUAUUCUCUAUUUUAGAAAGGUUCGAUGAAAUUAAAAAAUAUAUGUAGAACUGAUUUACAAUUGUAAAUAUUCUUAUAGAUGUCAUUAAAAUGUAAAUAAAUAUAAUUGAAACAUUGUUUCCAUGCACAUUACACAUUUUAAAGUUAAUAUUUUCAGUGUAUUAGUCAUACACUUAUCACGUUGCCUUUCACUUAAUUUUAUUUUAAGUAAAUAAUUAAUUUUUAAUGAAGAAAAAAAAGAAAAAAAAUAUUUUUCGAAAGUUCUCUUGAACAGUAUUUUCGAUCGAAGCAUAAGGUGAAAUUUUAAAAUUGUAUUUUCAAGUCACAGAUGUAAGUGAUAAAGAUCAUACAGUGGGGAUGAUACAUGUAGCAACGAUUGACUUAAAAAAAUAUACCGCUUUUUAAUUUACUGAUCUUUAAAGAAGAGUCAUUAUGAACAGGGAAAUCGGAUGGUUACAGUCUUCAUAAAUGGUACGAUUGUAUAUAAUCUAGUUGUUAGAGUCAUUUAUUUCCAUCUUUGCUGACAGCAUUCAUAAAAUGCUAUUUCGAAAAACAAAACACAAUAUACCAAAUCACUUAGCAAUAAUAGUAGAUUAGAAUAGAAUAAAGGGAGCAAUUCUUCAACAAAGUUAGUACACGCGUCAUCUACUUUGGCAUCGAAACCAAACCUCUCUGUCCAUGUUAUUUCAUCCUAUACAUGCGCAUUAGUUCAUUAGUUACUGCGGCUCAUUUAAUAAUAAAAAAAGUCAGCUCAUUCCAUUACCAGGACUAGCGAUGAAGCACUUAUUUAUCAACCUUUACAACUCAGUGAUUAAUUUGAAGCAGAUUUUUAAACCGUUCAUUUCUCUUGACAACAUACGGAGAAAAAUCACUGGUUGACUUGAUUUGUGUGCUGCUGUAAUGCAGACGACAAUUUUGUUAAUCACAACUGCUCUGCCUUUCCACCUCAAUGCAUUGGCUCUGCGCAUUGUGAGGAGUUCAGUGUUUACUGAGGGUAUUUUUGUAGUCAUUAGAGGUUUUUCUUUUCUUUUUAGAACUGUAAGCAAUAAACUUACUUAACUAUAACUUUUCAACGUUCGUAUAUAAUCUCAAAUGUGCUAGCAAUCGUCCUUUCCAUGUUUAAAGUUCCAACACGCAAUACAAAUGAGGUGCUGUAUUUUGGAUCAAUCAACGAGGUGAAAGAUCUUAUUUUUUCCCCUCCAGGAAGCCUAAUUUUUCGUAUGAAAAUAAACUCUUAAUUUUUUUUUCUUGUUAUAUCAUUUUGUCUUCCUCCAACUUGAACGUUUCCUAUUUGUUUCAAUCCAAUUUAUUUUUAUAUUGUUUAAACUAUGUUAUUCUUUAAACUUAGAAGAUGAAUGUUAAAUGUUCAGAUUAUUCGUUAACCACUUCAAGGACAUUGGCACUUACGUGUAUGUUUGGGUUUUUUUUUCUUUUCUUUUCAUAAUUAAGUAGUUAAAUUUGUGGGUAAAAAUUUAAAGGAAAAGUUUUAUUUAUUUACUUUUGGUUGCCUGAAUUGUUGUUGGUAUAAAAGAGAAAAUUAAAAAAAAAAAAAAAAACUUAUCAAAAUAAAACAAAAUUCACUUUGAAAAAUUUGUCCUUGAAGAGGUUAAGAAUAAUGGAAGAUGUGAUACUUUAUUAUGGAAUUCACACUUUGUGAUAUUAUCUUCCUGGUUAUUUUUUAUUAUUGUACAAGUGCCGUUUAAUGAUAAUAAUAACGUGUUCCAAAAAGUUAAGAUAUAUAUUAUAUUAUCAAUUGCAAUAACGGGAAGCAACGACUGUUAUGUAUUUAUAAUCUGCAUGUGUGUAUAAAAAAUGAAGCAUUUUAUUUGAAAUUUAUAAUAUAACAUUUUGGCCUUUGAAUUAAAGGUAUGUAACAUAAAAUUAGAUAUGGGUAAAAUGUGCUCUGUAUAUCCAUGUCUUUGUAAAUUUCAUGUUAAUAUGUAUAAACAUUUAUUUUUGUACUUAGAUGGAGACUCGCAGAUAUUUAUUGUAAAUUUUUCAAAGUGUUCACGAGUACUAUUAACAGCAUUUAAAUGUAUUUUGUUCUUCAAAUUGAUAUUCAAAAAAAUCAUGGAAGAGUCUUUCAUUGUUGGAUAAUUUCAUCGAGUUCAGAUGCUUCUAAAAUACGUGUUGAGUUUAAAAUGGCUCUGAAUGCAAUCGUGAACAUUUAAUCCGUCUUUGAAUUAUGCCUCUUCAUCUAUGUAAAUCACUUUAUCCCUAGAAUAUUUUUUGAAUGCAUCAUUUUAUGAGUUGGAAUCCAUUUUGGAAUAUGUAAAUUGUUUUCUCUAGCGUGCGUCUUCUGAUCUUGUUCAAAUGUAAACAAAUAAUACUAAGUGACUUGCCUUUGCCCGUGUGAUUCUUCAAAAUGUCUUUUAUCUUUGUUUGUGCUGUAGCGCCUCAUGUGAUCAACAAUUUGUUUUCAACUUAUUAAUCUUCAGAUUGUGAUUAAACCUUUGCAAACUGAUGA